CAAGAUCCGGAAUAUGCGAUGGCUCGGCCUUGGGAUUUGGCCUGUCAAUAAUUUCCCCAGGCAUGGUGAGCUGAUCCUGAGAUCAAUUGAUCAACUAAUAUAUGUACGAUGAUAAGUAUCAGGGUCCGUCCGAGAUUUCAGGGUCUGUAAUUGAUCUGGCUAGUGACCACACGUGGGAACAAGGAAAUAAAUAUCCCCCUGUUACAGCGGUUUGAGAGGAAAAAGUGCAGCAUUGAAUGAAGUGAAAUAAAGUGGUAGUAGUAAUAGUAGUUGGCGGGAUCGGUGCAUCAUACGUCACAGCCGGGAAUCGCAGUGACAUCACCCGCCCUCGCAACCGGGAACUGUCACUUCCAAUUCAAUCACCAACCUCCAGGAUCAAGGUGCGACAAAGACUAAUGCACAUAUAUACAGGUCGCGCAGCCCUUUGAUAAUCAGACAGCCAGUCGCUGUGUUCCCGCUUCCAAUUGCCCCUCCACGAUGACGCGCAAGUCCAUUCUCUCCGUCAAUGCCGGCUCCUCUUCGGUGAAGCUUACAUUCUAUACCUUCGAGAAGACUCCCAAAGUGAUUGCUGCAGCUCAGGUCUCCGGCAUCACCGCUCCCCCAGCAAAACUGAAAUACUCUAGUGGCUCUACGCAACACAACGAGGAGCUCAAGGAGAGCCUUAACACCCCACAAGAUGCCUUCAAGUUCCUGCUCCAACGCUGCAUCUCGGAUCCCGAGCUUUCCGAAGUCGCCAGUACCGAUGAUCUAGCAUAUAUCUGCCACCGGGUAGUUCAUGGCGGAGAUUACGAGACAUCUGUGGUGAUCACGGACGAAUCCUACAACCAUCUCGAGAAGCUGGAAGAUCUAGCUCCAUUGCACAACUACUCCGCGCUGGAAAUUAUUCGUCAUUGCAGGAAGGAGACUCCGUCCGUCAAGAGCAUCACCUUCUUCGACUCGGCUUUCCACCAGACCCUGCCUGAGCAUGUGAAGACCUACCCGAUCGACCAGAAGACAGCCAAGGCGAACGGACUCCGGAAAUAUGGUUUCCACGGCAUCAGCUACUCGUUCAUUCUCCGAUCGGUGGCUGAGUUUCUCAGCAAACCCAUUGAGCAGACUAGUAUUAUCACAAUGCACAUUGGAAGUGGUGCUUCUGUCUGCGCGAUCAAGGAUGGACAAUCCGUUGAUACCACAAUGGGACUCACGCCUGUAGCCGGACUACCAGGCGCCACACGAAGCGGCGACAUUGACCCAUCUCUCGUAUUCCACUACACCAGCGAAGCAGGCAAGCUCAGCCCGGCCAGCACCAAAGAGAUGCACAUCAGCACGGCGGAAGAAAUCCUGAACAAGAAAUCCGGCUGGAAAGCCCUAACCGGCACCACCGAUUUCGCCCAAAUCGCUGUUGAAAACCCACCCACAAAGAACCACCAACUCGCCUUCGAUAUCGUCGUCGACCGCAUCGUCGGCUACAUUGGCAAUUACUUCGUGAAGCUCGACGGACGCGUCGACGCCUUGGUCUUCGCCGGCGGCAUCGGCGAGAAGAGUGCCCUGCUUCGGAAAGCCGUUACAGAAAAGUGUCGAUGUCUGGGCUAUGUGGUGGAGACAGACAAGAACGAGAAGGGGGCAGGUGAUGGAGAGACCGUGGUGGAUAUCUCGAAAGAGUCCAAGGGUCCACGGGUAUUAAUCUGUCAAACGGACGAACAGUUCGAAAUGGCCUACGGUUGUAUCAACAAAUACGGCGAGACAGAGUCCAAAACCUAGAAUACGACCCUUCUCGCUCCUCACCAACUACUCUGUAUCUACCACAAACAUAGCAUAAUGAUCACAUCACCUCACAUCCGAAGCACGCAACCCCAAACAACCUUCCAUACCCCUCCAUCUCCAAUGUAUCACUGUCACCCAUCCUACCACGUAGUACUCCAUACUUAUGUGGUACUCGAUAUAUCCCACCUCUCUAAAUAUAGCCCAGAUAUGCAUGUAUGUAUGUAUGUAUGUAUGUAUGUAUGUGGAGUCAACCGAGCUUAAUUCCCA